UUCUGCAAGAUUUUAAUGUUCGUAUAAAUAAUCCUGAAGAGAGAGAAAACUUGUUUUUCUUUUUUCUCUCAGUAUCGGGUUGAGAGAAAAAAAAGAAAAGAAAAAACGAAAUCCUUCAUUUUCAGGAGAGAGAGAGAGAGAGAGACUGAAGCUCUGGCCUUUGUUUCUGAAAUCGAUCUUGUUCUUCUUCUUCUUCAUGAUCUGGUGCAUCUGACUUGAAAGCUUAUCGGAGUGAGUGAAGAAAUAUUAUCAUGUCUUCUCUGAGCAGAGAGCUCGUGUUCUUGAUCUUACAGUUUUUAGAUGAAGAGAAGUUCAAAGAGACUGUUCAUAAGCUUGAACAAGAAUCUGGGUUUUUCUUCAAUAUGAAGUAUUUUGAGGAUGAGGUCCACAAUGGUAACUGGGAUGAGGUUGAGAGGUAUCUCUCUGGUUUUACCAAAGUUGAUGAUAAUAGAUACUCCAUGAAGAUUUUCUUCGAGAUUAGGAAGCAGAAGUAUCUCGAGGCCUUGGAUAGGCAUGAUCGUCCCAAGGCUGUGGAAAUUCUAGUCAAAGAUUUGAAAGUCUUUUCCACUUUUAAUGAGGAGCUUUUCAAGGAAAUCACUCAGCUCUUGACCUUAGAAAACUUCCGGGAGAACGAGCAGUUAUCCAAGUAUGGGGACACAAAGUCCGCCCGAGCUAUCAUGUUGGUGGAACUCAAGAAGUUGAUUGAAGCUAAUCCAUUGUUCCGUGAUAAAUUGCAGUUUCCUACCCUUCGAAAUUCACGGCUGAGGACUCUCAUUAAUCAGAGCUUAAAUUGGCAACAUCAGCUUUGUAAAAACCCAAGGCCUAAUCCUGAUAUUAAGACUCUCUUUGUGGAUCAUUCCUGCCGCCUACCAAAUGAUGCACGAGCACCAUCCCCUGUCAACAAUCCGCUGCUUGGAUCAUUACCAAAAGCUGGGGGAUUUCCUCCUUUAGGCGCACACGGGCCAUUUCAACCAACACCUUCUCCUGUUCCUACACCUCUUGCUGGUUGGAUGUCUAGUCCUUCCUCUGUCCCACAUCCAGCUGUGUCUGGAGGAGCCAUUGCUCUUGGUGCUCCAUCCAUCCAAGCAGCCUUGAAGCACCCGAGAACUCCUCCAACUAAUUCCGCUGUAGACUAUCCAUCAGGUGAUUCAGACCAUGUCUCAAAGCGAACAAGACCUAUGGGAAUCUCUGACGAGGUGAGUCUAGGUGUCAACAUGUUACCAAUGACAUUCCCGGGACAGGCUCAUGGUCAUAAUCAAACCUUCAAAGUACCUGAUGACUUGCCCAAGACAGUAGCACGAACUUUGAGCCAAGGCUCAUCUCCCAUGAGCAUGGAUUUCCAUCCUAUUAAACAGACUCUGCUACUAGUUGGUACGAAUGUAGGGGAUAUUGGGCUCUGGGAAGUCGGUUCUCGAGAACGACUAGUCCAGAAGACUUUCAAAGUUUGGGACUUGAGUAAAUGUUCAAUGCCCUUGCAGGCUGCUUUGGUGAAAGAACCUGUCGUUUCUGUCAACCGUGUGAUUUGGAGCCCGGAUGGUUCCCUAUUCGGAGUUGCUUAUUCAAGACAUAUUGUACAGCUAUACUCUUAUCACGGUGGUGAAGAUAUGAGGCAACACCUCGAGAUUGAUGCUCAUGUUGGCGGUGUCAAUGACAUUGCAUUCUCCACUCCGAACAAGCAACUAUGUGUUACUACUUGUGGUGAUGACAAAACCAUCAAGGUCUGGGAUGCUGCAACGGGUGUAAAACGGCAUACUUUUGAAGGCCAUGAAGCUCCUGUUUACUCUAUCUGCCCUCACUACAAGGAAAACAUUCAGUUCAUCUUUUCAACUGCGCUUGACGGGAAAAUAAAAGCAUGGUUAUAUGAUAAUAUGGGUUCUCGGGUUGACUAUGAAGCUCCUGGUCGCUGGUGUACAACGAUGGCCUACAGUGCUGAUGGAACUAGGCUAUUUUCUUGUGGGACGAGUAAAGAUGGGGAGUCGUUCAUAGUUGAGUGGAAUGAAAGCGAAGGAGCAGUUAAGAGAACUUAUCAAGGAUUCCACAAGCGUUCUCUUGGUGUUGUGCAGUUUGAUACUACUAAAAACCGUUAUCUCGCUGCGGGUGACGACUUCUCCAUUAAGUUCUGGGAUAUGGACACUAUACAGCUUUUGACUGCCAUUGAUGCUGAUGGAGGUCUCCAGGCAAGUCCACGGAUCAGAUUUAACAAGGAAGGCUCUCUCUUGGCCGUUUCUGCAAAUGACAAUAUGAUUAAGGUUAUGGCAAACUCAGAUGGUCUUAGGCUAUUGCACACAGUCGAGAACUUAUCUUCUGAAUCCUCCAAGCCUGCAAUCAAUAGCAUUCCGGUGGCAGAGAGACCUGCCUCUGUCGUUUCCAUUCCUGGAAUGGUACGAAAAUCGAUAUUUUUUUUUUCCUUCAGUUUCUCUAUCUUUUGGUCUGUGUCCAACCAUCGUCGUUGCUCACUUACCGUUUCAACGAAUGGAGAUUCACGGAAUAUGGUGGAUGUGAAGCCAGUGAUCACUGAAGAAUCAAAUGAUAAGUCUAAGGUAUGGAAGCUUACUGAACUCGGCGAACCCUCUCAAUGCCGUUCAUUGAGACUCCCUGAGAAUAUGAGAGCCACCAAGAUAUCGAGAUUGAUUUUCACAAAUUCGGGAAAUGCAAUUUUGGCAUUGGCAUCAAAUGCUAUUCAUCUGCUAUGGAAGUGGCAGCGAAAUGACCGCAAUGCAACUGGAAAGGCAACGGCUUCUGUACCUCCUCAGCAGUGGCAACCAGCGAGCGGGAUCUUAAUGACAAACGAUGUGGUUGAAACUAAUCCAGAAGAAGCCGUACCAUGUUUUGCUUUAUCCAAAAAUGAUUCCUACGUAAUGUCAGCAUCGGGAGGAAAGAUCUCUUUGUUUAAUAUGAUGACGUUUAAGACAAUGGCUACUUUCAUGCCGCCGCCCCCUGCUGCAACGUUUCUUGCUUUUCACCCUCAAGAUAACAAUAUCAUUGCGAUCGGGAUGGAUGAUAGUACAAUACAGAUUUACAAUGUUCGUGUUGAUGAGGUUAAGAGCAAGCUUAAAGGACAUUCUAAGAGAAUAACCGGCCUCGCUUUCUCCAAUGUACUAAACGUUCUGGUUUCGUCUGGAGCAGAUGCUCAGCUUUGUGUAUGGAACACGGAUGGAUGGGAGAAGCAGAAAAGCAAGGUCCUGCAAAUUCCACAGGGAAGAUCGACGUCUGCUCUGUCAGACACGCGUGUUCAGUUUCAUCAAGAUCAAGUACACUUCCUUGUGGUCCAUGAAACUCAGCUCGCCAUAUACGAAACAACCAAGCUUGAAUGCAUGAAACAGUGGCCUGUGCGUGAAUCAUCAGCUCCAAUCACACAUGCCACAUUCUCAUGUGAUAGCCAACUGAUAUACACAAGUUUCAUGGACGCUACGAUAUGUGUCUUCAGCUCUGCAAACCUUAGAUUGCGUUGCAGAGUCAAUCCCUCAGCAUAUUUGCCAGCUUCUCUCAGCAACUCGAACGUCCAUCCGCUGGUGAUAGCGGCUCAUCCGCAAGAAUCGAAUAUGUUUGCAGUGGGUCUGUCAGACGGAGGGGUCCAUAUAUUCGAGCCGCUUGAGUCAGAAGGUAAAUGGGGAGUAGCUCCACCGCCUGAAAAUGGCUCAGCGAGCGCUGUCACGGCUACAGCUUCCGUUGGAGCUUCUGCCUCUGACCAGGCUCAGAGAUGAUGAUAUGAAACCGAUCUGCUUCAGUUCCUUACUCUGUUUAUUUUUGGGGUUUUAGAUCUUUUCCGAAAGCAUUCUAACAAGGUGAAUGAAUCAAUGUAAAAUAUUAUCUAUAGCUUACAAGUUGCCUAAUUGGUUAAUUCGAUGUUGCUUGCUUA